CCUUUUCCCUUUUUGCCCCCACAUUCUCCCCUUUUUCUUCUUACUUCGUUUUCCUCCUAUUCGUCACCGGAUAAGCUUCCUCCAUUUUCCAGUUUACUUUCUCUCUCUUCAUUUCUGACCCAAUUAUUUUCCCUCAAUUUAUUUAGGUUUUUCGUAUAAUUUUCCGGGGUCAAUUCAAUUUAUAACCAAACCCAAACUUCAAUUCAUUCAAAAUGUUAACCCUAAAUCACCAUGAUCAUCAUGAUCAUCAACAACAAUCUAGGGUUUUACACGAUUUUUCUUCUUUAAUACUUAACAUAUUACGUGAUCCUCCUUUGCCGUCGACGUUGAAUUUAUCCAAUUUUCUCGCUUCCUCACAACCUCCGAUUUCUUCGUCAUCAUCAUCUUCCGAUAGGUUUCCGUCCCAGUUAACGGCGGCGGGAUUUGCAUCGUUGAUGUUAGGGAUUUCACUUACUUUGAUGCUUUGUGGAUUGGUGACUUUUUUUAUAGGGUUUAUGUUGUUGCCUUGGGUUAUUGGUUUAGUUAUGGUGUUCUAUAUUGUCGGCCUUGUUACCACUAUUUCGGUUUUAGGAAGAACUUUUCUCUGCUAUGCUACCUCUUCUUCAUCGUGUUCUCCUCAGAAGGAUUUUCCUGCAUGGAAGUUUUUGUAAAGAUGGUUGUGGCAUUCAGAGGUAUGGUUGCAACAGCAAAGAACACAAGGUCUCAUAGUCGUUGGCUCUCCUGAUUUCAUGCUUUUGGGGAAUGGCUGUAAGCCGUAAAAUUAUUGGGUUAUGGAACGUCAAGAUACUGGUUUGAUUAUUGUCGCAAGGAUUUGUGAAUAUGGCAGCUUCAUGCAAAAGGGGAUAAUUUUUUUUUGUUUGCUUGAGUUUUGCCUACUACAGUUGAUAUUAUUUUGAUGUCAAGAACAAUGAAGGUUCGUUCAUCUUAAAAAUGUUCAAUAUCUAUACUGAAAACGUUGCUCUUUGUAAUGAUCCCCACUGUAGAGAAAAUUAUAGCCAUGGCUAUGAGGGUUAUCAUCUAUAGAUCUUAUUCUUCGAGAUUACCGAGAAAGAAAACAGAGAGAAUAUGUUUUCAGAAUUCUAAGAACAUUAGGAUAUUAAGUUACUCAAAUCUUUUGUUAAUACAAACCACAAAAUAUGGGUAUUCUGAUGUACCGUUUCUAGUUUAAUUGUUCUAUUCUAUACUAAUUAUUGCUAUCA